AUGGAUUUAAGGGUGGUAGUUGGGGUGAGUAGGAAGGGAAGGGGAUGGGUAAGAUUGGGAGGGGAUGAUGGGUGUGGGUGGGGUUGGGGGGGUGGAGGGGUUUGGUGGAUGGGGGGGUGGGGGUGUAUGAGAGGUUGGGGGGGGGGGGGGAUGUUUAGUGGGGGGGUUGUGUGGAUUUGGAGGGUUGUGUUGGGAUAUGGUUGGUGGGUAGUGGGUUUGGUGUGUGUUGGGGGGUGGAGAAGUGGUUAUGGGUGGGGGGUGGGGGGUAUAAUGGUGAGUGGGAGUUAUAGGGGGGUUGUUGUUGGUUGGAAUGGAUUUGUAUGGGGGUGGGGGGGGGGGGGGGGGAGGGAGGGAGGAGUAGGGGGGGGUGGUGAAGGUGGGUUGGGGUUUAAUGGGGGGGAGUUGGGUUGGGGGUGUUGGUUGGUGGGGGUGGGGGGGGGGGGUGGGGGGUGGGGGGGUAGGGUGGGGUUGGGAGGGUGA